AUGCGCAAAUUGUGUCUCGUGCAAACAGAGGUCGGCCUUCCUGUAGAAUUUUGGAGGCAAACCGGAGCGUUCCGGACACAAAUGUUUUCCGGGGCAUAUGAAUUUAGAUCGGGCUUCUGUAUUAGGAUAGAAAGACAGGUAAAUCGAACUAUUGGGAUAAAGGGUGCAGGUAUUGGGUCAGCUUUGGAGCUGAAUAGGGACCGUUGCGUGCAGGCGGCGCACCACCGCUUCGUAAUGACAAUCCGGACAUUGGUACAAAACAACUGGAUGGAAAACACAACGCGACCUCUUUAA